CAAAAUACAAAGCGGAAAAUGGCAACAACCCUGGAAAACGGUUGUUUUGGUUCUUCUUAUGUUUUUCUUCUUCCUUUCCGACUUCACAAAUCGCCGGAUGAAAAAGUAAAAAGUAGCCGAGGAAAACCGCAGCGCGAACGAUCCUCAAAAAGUCGAGACUGAAACUACGAAAAAGGAUUCUACCUUUCCUUUUACCUAAUCAUCACCGGCAUUAAAAUCAUGAGUUCUCUUCGGCGUGAGGCCCUCCGGUGGUACAAAAUUCUGCAGCGAACUAAAAAUGAGGUCUUUGCCGGGGAUUUCCGAACGAUCACGGCCGCCAGACAACGUAUCCGGGAAGAGUACAUCAAGAACAAAGAUCUUACGGAUGAAAAAGAAAUCCAAGAGAAAAUUAAAAUUGCGAAGGAUGUCGAUGUCGAGUUGCGCAGUUCGGUCGUACAGGCCGUGCGAAAGAAUCCAACCGUGUUUGAGGCACGAAUCACUCCCGAUACGAGAAAGUUGGACAACGUGAUGUUCGAUCCGGAGGCCGAGCUGCCAGCACCCCGCAGUAAGAAGUGUAAUGAUAAGAAAUAGUCAAAUGUCUUCCAAUCGUAGCAAAAACAAACUGUUUGUAUAUAGUUAGAGUAGUUUGUGGGCCUUCCGGGGCGGCAAAAUCCAAUUCAGGAGCAUUUCUGAGACCCUUGGCCGGUGAACGCUUGUAAUGCCGAAGAGAACUCACAGUUACGCAAUAGACGCUGUAAUCGGGUAUACUUUGAACGUUUACUUUUCCAAAACGCAAUGAUAUGAACAACAGCUCGAGUUGUGUGAUGAUGCCGGGGAAAACUUCUAUUUUUAUUUAUUUUUAGUGAAAUUGCGAGUACUGCGAACAUGUUUCGUGCAGACAUAUCCUUCACAAACAACCUCGUUGUUCGUUAUCUGAUUGAAACCUGAAAUUGGUGUGCAUUAUUAUGCAAUCAAAAUAUAAAGC